AUGGUGAUGGCUACUGCUAUAAGUGGAUACACUAGCAACUCUGCUUCUGCCAAGAAGUGCAGAAAGAAGAAGGAUUUAAAAGUAAAGGCGAAAAAUGGACUUGCAGCCCUUACUCCAGGAUUUGCUGGAGCCGACAUUGCUAAUGUUUGCAAUGAAGCUGCUCUGAUUGCUGCAAGAGGUGACAAAACACAAGUCACAAUGGACCAUUUUGAGGCAGCUAUUGAUAGGAUUAUUGGUGGUUUGGAGAAGAAGAACAAGGUAAUAAGCAAGCUGGAAAGGCGUACUAUCGCUUACCAUGAGUCAGGCCAUGCUGUUGCAGGUUGGUUCUUGGAACAUUCUGAACCCUUGUUGAAAGUAACUAUUGUUCCUCGUGGAACAGCUGCUCUUGGAUUUGCGCAGUAUGUUCCGAGUGAGAACCUUCUCAUGACAAAGGAGCAGCUUUUCAAUAUGACUUGUAUGACCCUUGUUGGUCGGGCUGCAGAGCAGGAGAGAUGAGGGGAAAAAGGAAAA